AUGUUUCGCAAUGUUACUGGCGCACAAGAAGCUGCUGUACAUAGACAAUCGCUCGAUAGUUUACCGAAUGGUAGUAAGCCGAUUCGAUUAAUCAAAGAUAUUCAGUCAGAUGAUAUUGCGGAAGCCUAUUCGGAUCUGAUGAAUAAAUGGUCCAAUCAGCGCGAACAGUUAAUUGAAAAUCUAGAACAACUUGAGAAACAUAACAAAACAUUUCCUCAAGAUAUUCAACGCGUAAAAAAUCUCAUCGAAUGUCUCAAUGAACUGAUAAACAAUGGCGAAAUCGAUAAAAAUUGCCAUGAACUAUUAAAUGAUACAAAUGAAAAUAUUCAACCAGCACCCGAAACCUACGCUCUACCUCGAAAAUCAUUAGGUGAUAGAUCCAUACGAUUAGCACGACAUUCUUCAAAAACGAUACCUGACGAUGCAAGUUGCUCGUCGGAAAAAAUAUCGUCAAGAACAACUUUAACACAACAGACUGACCGCCGAAGAAAUUCCGAUCGGCAACAACGAACCAAAAAGAUCGACUAUGAUGGUUUGUCAAGAUCUGAUCGAUCUACUGGAAAUAUGACAGCUGGUAUUAAGUUUUAUGCCGUUGCUGAUCUUUUUCGUAAUGAUCAAGCUGAUUCGAAAAGAAGCAGUGAAAGAAAGCAUUAUUUUGCGUCAUCCGCGGUCCGUCGUCCGAUACGGAAUAUGGCAAAAGGUAUUGCCGAUGAAGAAUUCAAUGAAAGAGACGUAUUACUAGAAGAACACGAACAAUUAACAACUUCACUUGCUGCACUAACUCGCCAUUUUGCACAUGUGCAGUUACGGUUACAGCAAGUUGUGUCCGCACCCACGCCCGAGGACCGUGAGAACUUACUUUUAGAGUUACAUGAAUUUGCAUCGAAUGGUAUACCAGACAUCAUGUGUCAAACAACUAUCGAUGUACAAGAACAAGUGAUCGAAGGAGAGAAAUGCCGCGAAAAAGAAUUUAUCAAUGAAUUAAAACAAAAAUUGGAUGAACUAGAACAUUAUGCAGCUGCAUCUGGUUCCUUGGAGGGUGCACCAACGUCUGUGAUGAUAGAAAAACAGCGUAUACUUAUCGAUCAAUUAAGACACAAACUUCAUCUUCAAUUGGAUGAUGCCUCUGUUUCGAAAUUAUCUGCCGAAGAAUUAAGAAAAUUGGUGGACCAAGCUAUAUAUCAGUUAACAAAUCCAGUAAAACUGAAAGAAAACCUAAUCAAUCAAAUGCGUACCCAAAUCGGUGAUUUAGAAAAAUUCAUUGAAUUUCUUAAAAGUGACUCCAUCAAUUCAGCAUCAGUGGCAGUGACGACCAAUGAUUCUGUUCCAUCUUCUCCUCAAAGUGUACAAUCACCCUUACUCAUCAAAUCGAAAUCUCAUUCUACAGCUGCCCUUCCAUCAUCAAAGAUUUCGCAAUCAACAAAUCCAUUUUCCUCCCGUUCUCAAACUGAACACCAUUCAUCGAACAUAGCACAAUCCUUGAAGAAACUCUUCGUUUUAACUCAACUCUACACAUUUUUACUAUUAACCUGUGGUACGCGAUCAAUGAAGAAAAACAAAACAAAACCAACAUCGAAUAUGACAAAGGAUAUCAUCGCAAAAAAGCAUUUUGGAGAUGUUCGAGCUAAACUUGAAAUGGCCAUCGAAAAUGUUCUCAAAGCCGUCCAAUUAAAUCAAAUAGUACCAAGUGAUAUCGACGACACUGCGGAAAAUGAAUGUGACUCAACAGGAGUGAUUUUCUGUGUUCGAAACGAACUUGCACCUGCCCUUUGUUCUUUACUGGAACAUGGUCUUUACGAAACUAGUUAUUCAACAUCUCUGACGAUCUUCGGAUGUUUUUCAAGUAAAUUAGCUAAUAAUAAUUCUACAUCGAGUGAAACAAUGCAUGCGUGGAAAUUAUUUUUGAAAUAUUAUGAAUUAAAACAUGGAGAUGAAUUCGUCAAUAGUCCAGCUCGUAGACUUUCACAGACCUUUUCACUGGAUGUUGUCGGUGGUAAACCGAUAACAAUGAGACAAUCAUUGUUAAGUGGUAUCGAUAUGGUUGCCAAAUUACAUGAAAAGCAUGCAAAGUCAAUGGAUGCAUGUUUCAAAUCAUUCGUAUGUCAUGCGUUGAAUGAAAAGAAACUUGUUCCAUUUCUUCGAAUUAUUCUCAAAACUGGACAAAUUGUUGAAAAUGAUUAUCAACCAUGGAGUUACACAAAGCAAACUGGUUUCAAUGAUGCUCUUCAUUCACUCUCUCGGUUGAGCUCAAUUGAUUUUCGACUUCCAGUUGAUCUUGCCGUUCGUCGGUUCGUCAGUAAUCAAGAUCUAAUCGAAUAA